AUGGAUGCUACCAACAAAGAGCCUGACCUGGAAUAUCCUCUGUCAGACACUCCAAUGGGCUCGGAUGAUGAAGUAGUUGGAUCCGACAUGGCAACCCAAACUUGCAGCAAUGAAGCAGAAGAACCCUAUGAAUGGACAGAGGAAAGCCUGGCCAUGUUCGAAAAUUAUGGUGUGGUGCCUCCCUUGGCAAUGUGGCAGGAAUGCGAGGAAGAAAGCAAGGUUGAUGAGGAUUUAAGAGUCUUAGAGGCAGCCACUGCAGCUGCGAAGAAACUCACCAUCCAUCUUCCUAGCCAAAAUCAGCAUAGAGGCACCAAUGCGAAGCUAGCUCCCAAAGUGCGCCAUCCAGGAGACAACAAAGCCAAAAAACCUGCAGAAGAGGCCGAUGGUGUGACAGAGAUUUUGGACACACCUAAGGCCAGUAAGAAGAAGAGAAAGAAGAUUAAAAAAGCUCACCAAUCUGAUACUGCAAGCGAAGACUCGGAUACAGAGCCCAAGAAAAAGAAAAAAAAGGUUAAAGCUCACCGGUCAAGCAUUGGAAGCGACUCAGAUCCAGAUGCCGGUGAACUCCCCAAGGCAAAGAAGACCUCUCAUCAAUGUGAGGUGGUCAGUCAUGCUGAGGCUGACACCGAAGUCUCAGUUGCUCAGUCCAAGAAGCGUGGACGACCAUGCAAGGUUGUCGAUGACACACCAGUCGCACCGAAAGUCUGGAGCAUGUCCAUGUUUGUUGAGAUUGCUUUGCCUCCAAAGCUACAAACUGGGAAGACGCCGCAUGGUGACAAGUUUGUGAAUAUACCGGCCAUGAUGGGAGGGCCAUUUGUCUUCAUGCGAAAAAUGACAUGGGAGAAAUUCCUGGAGGAGGUUGCUGAAAUCGUGGACGUCAACAUUGAGAAUCUUGGGUUAGAUGGCAUGACAUGGGGGUUCCAAGAGAAGAAGGCAAAAUUACCACUCACCAAUGACCAUGGGUUCCAGACUAUGCAGAACCAGAUCAAGAAUCACCGUGACUUGUCCUCCAUCAUCAUCAUUGUCUACCACCCUAUUCCUUGUAUCGGCCUUGAUGUUCAGCCCGCACCCAUCAUCGAGAAGCUUGAGGAGAUGUAUCCUGUCUUGGCGUGCGCUGAACACCGUGGAAUCAGAUGCUUGAUGCACUCACCAUGCUCUGGCGAGUAUUGGCACUUCGAGCUAGAUCACAAAAAGCUAUCACUUUGGGCAAAUGCUAUCAGUCCCAUUAGGUCGUGCAGGCUUUACUCCGAAAGAGAAAAUGCCAGCAGGAAGCAAGCAGCACCACAAACUCCAGGACGAACACAAGAGGUCCAUGCACAACCAAAUGGCUUUUUCCUGGGCUACAGGCCUCCGACAAUGGCUCCAAUGCCCCACCCCUCUCUUCACUACUAUCCAUACCCACCACCCACUUCAGCUACAGCGCCCCUCCUUUAUGGGGGUAUCCAAACCCUAAUCACCCACCAUCGAUGCCAAUGCCUCAAGCUACCCCUUCCCUCCCAUUUCCAAUGCCUCAAGCUACUGCUUCUCUCCCACUUCCAGCAUCAAACACAAAUGGGGUCCAGCAGUGCACUACCCUUCUUCCCUCCCUUCGUUUAUUACUCUAGCUCCUUAGUUACUUUUGUCUACAUUUGCAUAUCUUUCUUGGUAGAGGCUGUCUUGAAACUGUCAAAAGUUAUGACGAAGGGGAAAAGUCAGGGAAAUGAGAGUCACGCGCUGCAAUGUAGCCUUUUACAAUACCUUGCCAGGCAGUACGUAAUGCAUGAUCACACUCAGCAGCUUGCCGAUGCAUGA